GCGAGCUUGAUUAUUGGGAAACCAAAAUAGUAUCAAGCGUAUCCAUGCUUCGUGGAAAAAAGUUCUGCGGUUUUAAAUUUCAAAAUGAGCAUGAUACCUGAAAUAACGCCGGACCAGAUUGAUGACUGGUUUAAGAUUGGCAAGAAGACUUCUAAGAUUAAAACAGUACCAAAAAGUUUCACUGGUGGAAGAGCCAUUGACCCAAUUACACUGCAGCCAAAACAACCACAGCAUCAUCAUAUACCCCACUAUAAAAGAAAGCCAGACUUUCAUGGAGGUCAUGAUUAUGCUGAGGAAUAUCAAAGAGAAGAAGAUGAAAAACUCAUCAGCAGAUCCUCAUUUGUUACUGGGGAUGAUACAAUGUCAAUGGUCAGCAGCCAUCUUGAAGCGUUAGAACUUGACAGCACAAUAGCUGGUACUGAAGUGUUGCCCUCAGAUCUUGCUCCGGAAAAUGCGACACAAGUGUAUGGAGUUUACAACUUUAACCACAGAUAUGAUGACAGAUUGCCAAUCUCAAGGUGCAAGGAACAGGUUGUGAACACGAUUGAGAGUAAUCAGGUAACUGUGAUCCAGGGAGCCACUGGGUCUGGUAAGACUACACAAGUUGCCCAGUAUAUCCUCGACUACUACGCUAAACAAAACCAGUACUGUAAUAUUAUCGUGACACAGCCAAGAAGAAUUGCAGCAAUCAGUAUUGCCAGAAGAGUUUGUCAGGAGAGAAAUUGGCAGCUGGGCACAAUUUGUGGUUAUCAGGUGGGGUUGGAUAGGGAAGCAGGUGAUGACACCAGAAUUCUAUAUUGUACUACAGGGAUUCUUCUUAACAAGCUCAUCAAUGAGAAAAAUAUGCACAAAUAUACACACGUCAUUCUUGAUGAGGUACAUGAGCGAGAUCAGGACACAGACUUUUCAUUGCUAGUCGUACGUAAACUUCUUCGUACAAAUUCCCGUCACACAAAAGUGGUUCUUAUGUCGGCCACAUUUGAUUCCGAGAUGUUUGCACAGUAUUUUGCCAUGCCAGUACGAGAUCGUCUAGAACAAGCACCUGUUGUAGAUGUUGAAGGAAAACCAUUCAAGGUUAAUGAGUACUAUGCUGAGGAUCUUAUCCAGCUCGGACCAAUACCUCCACUUGAAGAAAGUGAUCCACACAUAUCUCAAGAGGCUCGUAACCUGGCUGUGGAACUUAUACAACACUUUGAUAGACUGGAAGAAAAAGAACAAGGACUUGAUGAUGCCACAGGAUUUGCACCAAUUCGGGGAACUGUUCUUGUGUUCCUUCCAGGUUUGGCUGAGAUUGGUUCCCUUGAAGAAGCAUUAUUUAAAUUAAGUGCCAAGCACCAACUGCGACUCAUUCCUUUACAUUCAACAAUAACAAUGGAAGAGCAAGCUCAGGUGUUCUGUCAGCCAUGUGCAGGAUUCAGGAAGGUGAUACUUUCUACAAACAUUGCUGAGAGCUCCAUCACUGUACCAGAUAUAAAAUAUGUGAUUGAUUUCUGCUUGACGAAGAAUCUGGUUUGUGAUUUUGACACCAACUAUACCAGUCUUCAAGUCCACUGGGCUUCAGUAGCAAACUGUACUCAAAGGAAAGGUCGUGCUGGACGUGUCAGUAAUGGGCGUGUCUACAGACUGGUUACCCGACAUUUCUUUGAGCACCGGUUACCAGAAUAUGGAACACCGGAAAUGAGGAGAUGUCCUCUUGACAAGCUGAUAUUACAGGUGAAGGUACUGGAUUUAGGGGAACCAAAGGCUAUUCUAGCACUGGCUCUUUCUCCACCUAACCUUGAUGAUAUAGAGAGGAAUAUUCUCACACUUAAAGAGGUUGGUGCCCUGUCUACAAAAGGAACAGGUAACCCACAUGAUGGUGAACUGACGUUUGUUGGUCGAGUGCUAGCUGAACUCCCUGUUGACACGAAGAUCGGCAAAAUGCUAAUGCUAGGCCAUGUGUUUGGACUUUUGGAAGAGUGUUUGAUAAUAGGUGCUGCUAUGUCACUGAAAAGUGUGUUUGCUCAACCAUUCAAGUUAAGAUUGGAGGCUUACAGGCACAAGUUAGAGUGGGCUAACGGAUCUCAGAGUGACUCUAUUGCUAUACUUAAUGCAUAUAAGACAUGGGAAAGGAAAAGAGAGCAGGGAGAGUUUAAGAGAAGUGGUGGCGGAGGAGAAGUGGGUUGGGGUAAAAACUACUAUCUACAAAUACGUCGACUGAAGGAGAUACAGGAGCUGAUCAAGGACAUAGAGAAGAGAUUGAUGAAAUUUAACAUAAUGAGACCACAGCAUGCUCCUGUAUAUGCCCAUACAUUAUCGGAAGAUCAGGAAAAACUUCUACUUAAGGUGGUGUUGUGUGGAGCAUUCUACCCAAACUACUUUGUUAAAGGUGAGAUAGAUGAGAUGGAAUCUCUGAAGGCAUUAUCUGGGAGAGACCCUCUCAACACAGUGAUGGUGAAAGGUUUACCAGCCAAUCAGGGUACAUUGUACAAGCAGGUGGUGGAAGAUUUGUUCCGGAAAUGUGGGGCCAACCCUAAAGCUUACUUUGAGGAAACAAGAGCUUAUGUGGAAUUUCCAAGGAGAGCAAACAGUAGAUCAAAGGUGCAUGAAGGAGUUUACAUGGCUCUUAAAAUGAAACAGUUGAGAAUGCCGAUGGUCAUCAACUUGUAUACUCCAGAGGAGGCUCGGGAAAUGUUGAGUAAAUUACAAGAUGCACAGGACAAGUUGACCAAGUCUGGAAGUCUUCGUACUAACAGAUUAACUGCUACUGGUCAGAUUACCGAGGAAUCUGGAAGUAACAGGGUCGCCACACAUGUUAGUCCACCUGACCCAGCCAAGGACGUUAUCAGUAUCUGUAUUACAGAGGUGAUAGAUUGUGGACAUUUCUGGGCCCAGUAUGGGGAAGAUGAGAAUUAUAGAGAUUUAUACAAAGUACAAGAAGAACUUAAUAAAGAUCAUGGUCACAGUUUGAGACCAUUGAGUGGUGUGGCACGUGUUGGAGUGUUCUGUGUCGCCCCCUACAUGGAUGAGACUCUGGAAUACUACAGAGCAAGGAUACAGUCUGUACAGAACAAGGUUGAUGAAAGAGUUAGGGCUAGGAGAGAAUGUGUGGAGGUAUUCUUUGUUGACUAUGGUAACACUGCAGAGGUGAGUAGGGAUCAGCUGAGAGAACUGCCAACACAUUUACUCAAAACACCUUUCCAGGCUUUUGAGUGCCGUCAAAUCAAAAUACGACCUUCACCUUUAAGAUGUCCAGAUGGAAAAUGGACAGUGGAAGCAACAACAGCCUUCAGGGAAAUGGUUUUAAAUCACAAACUUAUUGCUAGACCAUUUUCUGUUGUACAUGGAGUUCUGCGAGUUGAUUUAAUCCACAUCACACAGCAGCAUGGUCAGUUCUAUGUCCGUCCAAGGCUUGUAGAGAUGGGAUUUGCUGAUGAAGCUGAGGAAAGUUCUCUCUCAAAACAAAGCUAUGAGCAGAGAGUAGAAGAGUAUAUGAAGGCCAGGAACCUGUUCGGGCGGGCGACACAGAAAGGGACGCUGUUAGGGGAACCGAAAGCAGACUGGUUAAAUGUGGCAUCAUUGGGCGCGACUGGUUGUGAUCUUGGUGCAAGACAGAAAGGAAAUAGGGUGCAUUUAAAUGGGCCAACAAAUCCAUAUGAGAUGAGUUUCUUCAACAUGACAAAUGUUGGACGUCUCAGGGCAACAAAGAUAGAGCAAGACAGUGUAAAUUCUAUCAGCAUAGAUGAUGAGCCACACGAUCCGCACCAGAGAAUGAUGGUAGCCGGAUUUGUGGGCUUGAACCCAAAUGGUUCCUCGGUGGUGGCACGAGAUUCAACAAUUAUGCCAUCCAUACCUGGUCUUCCAGCGCUCAUUUUACUCAUGUUCACACCUGUAGCAGAAUUCAGGGUAGAUCCCCAGAAGACAAGAUAUAUUGGUGCGAUAUGUGGACUGGGAACUGACCCAGUUUAUGGACAUUCUGAGCUGCCAGAUCAUGACAUUGAGGUCCCAUUUGACGUUAAGUUUAAUGAUGAAGAUAUUUCCAAGAUAAAUGCUAUACGUAUGGCAAUAAACUUUGCAAUCGGGAAUCAGACUCAAGUUGCUGCCUGGGGACCAGAUGCUGUUUGUAGAAUUCAGAACAAUGCACGAAAGAAAAUGAUGGAAUUGAUACAGAAACGUCGAGACCCGUGUGAGGUGAUCAGUCCACAGCGGAUAUAUGAAUGGAACCAGGUUGAUCCAGAUGACGUCAUUCCGCACAGUGUGGACGUGGGUGACGAGGCACAACUUCUCAACUAUCACAGUGCAAUACAACUUGAUAUUGAUGAUUCUGAUGUAUCUGAGAUAACUAAACAGAAGGAAAUGAUGUUAAAACAUGUGCAAUACCUCAGACAGGUUGUCAAAAGUAACACAAAGAGGACACCAACUUUAUGUGAGUUAUGUGAUGUGUCAUGUCCAACUACACAGCUGUUGGCACUUCAUCUAGAAAUGCAGAAACACAAACGAAAUGAGGAGAAUUUCACAUGAAGUAGACAAGUAGGCAGCAGCAAGAGUGAUAUUGAAACUGAUAUUUUGUUUAACAGCAGAUGGUCAGAGUUUGUUGUUGGAGAGAUUAUGUGUACCAAGUUAAUUGUGGGAAAGUCAUGGAAACGGGUUUAAAAAAAAUUUAGAAUUUUUUUUUCAAAUGGAGACAUUUCAUUAUUUUAUUGUAAAUGAAGCUAAGCAGCUGUAAUUAAUGUUUUUUCUUAGUCUUUUUUUUUUUGUUAUUGUUGAUACAUAUUUCUAAGAGGAGAGAAUAAUCUGUAGGAAACAUGGUCUCACAAUGGAUAUCUGCCACUGGUCAGUUUCAAAUUUUUUAUUUACUCUCACAUCAGCUACUUGAUCUAUAAAUUAAGAUUGAAGGCAGUUUCUAGAUAUCCAAUUUUUUGCCAU